AAUGAAAAAGAAAAUGAAGAAAAAAAGAUGAACGUGAAAAUGUUCGAUGGCAACGACAAUAAUAUAAACAAUAACAAUAACAACAACAAGGAUAAGAACGACAAUAAUGAAGAAUUCAUUUUGGAAUUUGUAAAAAGGCUUUUGGGGGUGAUAAGUUUAUAAGAAGAAGAAGAAAAAGAAGAAGAAGAAGAAGACGAGGAGGAAGGAAAGAAGAGCAACAAAGAAAUAUAUAGGAGGGGUGAAAGAAGAAGAAAAAAAAAAGAGAAGAAUAUCCGAGGGAAUAGAAAAAAGAGAAAAGGGAAGAAGAAGUAGAAGAAGAAGAAGAAGAAGAAAAAGUAGAGGAAGGAGACUUUUGUCCGAUAAAAUUUAAAGAUCGAACAGCGAUGAACAACGGUUCACCGCAAAAUUCCGAUACGGCUGCCCAGCAACAUCGUAGCGGCGUUGACAACAGCGACGAAGAGGAAUGGAGUGGUGUAGUAGAAUGUGCUGUACUGGAACGAUCCAAGUCGGAUCGUGUAUCAAGAGUGGACGAGGAUAGAAGACGUCGUACCAUUAUCGUGGAAAAGAAAAAUGGCACGUAUGGUUUCACGUUACAGAGUUACGGGAUACAUUAUAAAAGAGAACAAGAAAUAGAAAUGAUCACUUAUGUCGAUUAUAUAGAAUACGAUGGACCUGCAUUUAAAGCAGGCAUGAGAGAAGGUGACGUUAUACUUUCUAUAAAUGGCCAUGAAAUGGAUCGAGCCGAUCAUACUACCCUUGUGAACUUUAUAAAAAACUGUGAUACCAGAAUGAGAAUGGUCGUAUCAUUUGAGGAUUGUGUGAGAAAGGUACAAUUACAUAUGCGUUAUUUGGAAUUACAACGUGCUCUACAAUUACGCUUAGGUGAGCUUGAAAGAUUAUGCGAGAGAGAACGUUCAAUAUUGAUGGGUCGAUGGAAGACACAUUCACUUCCAGCACGUAAAAGAACACCCAGUAAUAUUAUAACAAGUAAUCCUAAUCAGCCAUCUCCAUCGUCGAGUUUUAAUUCGUCAACCAUUCAAUGUUGUCGACCUGCAACAUCUACGGAACAUCUUUUGCUUUACAAUUUGUUUGGUGAUGGUCGACCAUGCUUGAUACCACGUGCAGCUUGUUUGGUAACAGUAGGACCACCACGUUCUCGAAGCGAUCAUCAUCAAUUUCUUUCAAAGAUGCCCAGCGAAUCUGGUGCGUCCACUUCUUCACGUCAUAGUUAUCAUCAAGCAAAUGGUAUGAGCGGUACACCAGCGAAAAUGAAGUCACACAAAUCUUGUCAGCAACAACAGAAUUCGUCGAUAAGCGGUGACAUAUCGGUUCAUCAUUCUCAACAGAAUAGUUUAUGCGUCGCUUGUAUCUCAAGUGCUAAUCGUCGUCGAGAACAAUCGGAUACUGGUAGUUUAGACGCAUAUGAUUUGGCCAGUCCUUGCUGCGAUCCAAACUGUGUUCCAAGCCGUAGAAGACGUGAGAAACAACGUCGAGCUAGAAACGAACAAAAUCAUCUUCAACAACAGCAGCAACAGCAACAACAACAACAACAACAACAACAACAGCAGCAGCAGCAACAACAACAACAACAACAACAACAACAACAACAACAACAUGUGGCACAAACUCAACGAGAACAACAGCAACAACAAGGACAACAACAGCAGCAGCAGCAGCAGCAACAACAACAACAACAACAACAGCAACAACAUGGUACGCACAAUUGUUCCAGAUCUUCCGGUCAUAGUCUUCACUCCAUUACCAGUAGUGAUGUAUCAACUACUGCUGAUAGCGUAGCUUCUUGUUCCACUAGUCUAAGUACAGAUACACUUUAUUGGGAUCCAACUGUUCACCAAAGACCGCCACCGUGCCUUCAAUAUGCCAAACCCAAAUCAUGGGAUAAUUUAACUACAAAAGCUUUCGGUGGAUACGGAUUUGGAUACGGUUAUUUGGAUACAGCUACAAUAAAGACACAUAGCGCUGAACGACCUGGUAAAGGAGGUCAUGGUCGUGCUAAAACACCCACUGGUACUGUACAAAGAAGAACAAGUAGCAGUACAUCUUAUUCCACUGGCAGUACUCGACAUUUUCAACCUACCAAAUCUACUGAAAGUCUUCUAAUACCGCCUCCUUAUCAAAAUGAAUUAGACGGUAGUAUAAGCUGUGAAUGUUUAGACGAACCCAGUCCAAGAUUUUUACCUGUCGUUCAAUUGGAAAAACAUAAGGAAUCCAAUUACGUUGCUAGUAAUCAUCCUCAAAUUAGACAUCGACGUUCUAGUCAUUCCGAAGGAAAACUCAGAGCUAUUAACAGCUCGGAGGUAACUCGAUUGUAAAUUUAUUAUUUAGAUUUAUAAUUUAGAUUUCUGUAUAAGCUGGGAUAUUAUAUAAAAUGAACCGUUAUACCAUUUCCGUGGGGUGGUGGUCCUUUUUUUAUUUUUUUUUAUUCUUGCCAAUCAAUCUUUUUUUUUAUUAAAGCUUUUAUUUCUAUUUAACGAGAAUAUCUUUGAACAUUUUAUUAAGUAAAUUCAUUUUCUUUUUUUUUAGAACUGAUUAUAUCUCGAAGAAUUUAAUAAAAUUCGUAUUAAUGUAAUCUAUGUUUGUCAUGUACAUUUCAAUGAAAAAUAUUUCUCCUCGAAUAAUUAAUUGAUAACAAUGCUUUCUCGUUUGUAUUAUAGUUGCAUGUACAUUUUUUAAAAAGACGAGAUCAUAAUAUUAUUUUACAAUGAAAAAAAAAAAAAAAAAAAAAAAGAAGAAAAAGAAAAAAAAAUGAAAGAAAAUACAAAACUGCACUUGGAAUUGUCUUUUUGAUCAACAUAGAAGGUAAUAAAAGUUUGAUAAAUUUUUUAAAGACGCACCAAUUAAUAGCAAACGAUUUAAUAUAUUGGCUAACCACUUCCAUGGACAAAACGAAUAAACGUUAUAAAUAAA